AAUUCCAUAACCAAAUCAAAAGUGGGUAGACACAUCGUUUUAUAUAUUCAUAGGAAAAAUUAAAUCACACACACACACACACACGCUACUUUUCUCUUGUCUCCAGCUUUAGUUACAACCUUUUACACAUUUCAUCCCGAAAGAAUAAAGCAUAUAACAACUAGCGAUGAGAGGAAGAGAACGAGAAGAAGAUGAAUCGGAGUCGAGGGUUCCACUGUUGGAAAGUCCUCGCACGAUGGAGGAAAACGGUGGAGGAUUGAGGAAGAAACUUUGGGUUGAAACAAAGAAGCUAUGGCAAAUCGUUGCUCCGGCAAUGUUCACUCGUAUAACGACAUAUUCGACGCUUGUAAUAACUCAAGCUUUCGCUGGUCAUCUCGGAGAUCUCGAGCUAGCUGCAAUCUCCAUCGUUUAUAACGUCGUUGUUGGCUUCAACUUCGGCCUCUUUCUUGGAAUGGCGAGUGCGUUGGAAACGUUGUGUGGACAAGCGUUUGGAGCAAAGAAGUAUCAUAUGUUGGGAGUUUAUAUGCAACGUUCUUGGAUUGUUCUCUUCUUUUGUUGUAUUUUGUUGUUACCGACUUAUCUUUUCACAACUCCGGUUCUCAAAUUGUUGGGGCAACCGGACGAUAUAGCCGAGCUCUCCGGUGUCGUGUCCGUUUGGGUCAUCCCUCUUCAUUUCGCCUUCUGUUUGUCUUUUCCGCUCCAGCGUUUCCUCCAAUGCCAGCUCAAAAGUCACGUGCCUGCAUUUGGGGCUGGAGUUGGACUGGUGGUUCAUUUUCUAGUGUGUUGGCUGUUCGUGGACGGGUUAAAACUAGGUGCCGUCGGAACUAUGGCUACGGUGAGUAUCUCUUGGUGGGUCAACAUUCUUAUUCUAUUAGCAUACUCUGUUUGCGGCGGCUGUCCACUCACUUGGACAGGCUUCUCCUCCGAAGCUUUCACCGGACUUUGGGAGUUUGUCAAACUCUCCGCUUCUUCAGGCGUCAUGCUAUGUUUGGAAAACUGGUAUUAUCGUAUUUUAAUUAUAAUGACUGGGAAUCUUCAGAAUGCUCGAAUAGCUGUUGACUCUUUGUCCAUAUGCAUGACGAUAAAUGGCUGGGAGAAUAUGAUUCCUCUUGCUUUCUUCGCCGCAACCGGUGUUCGUGUGGCAAAUGAAUUAGGAGCAGGUAAUGGGAAAGGAGCAAGACUCGCGACGAUUGUAUCAGUGACACAAUCAUUAAUCAUUGGAUUGUCGUUUUGGGUGAUAAUAAUGCUUUUCCAUAACCAAAUCGCAUUGAUAUUUUCUUCAAGUGAAGCGGUCUUAAUCGCUGUCAAUAAACUCUCCAUUCUACUAGCUUUCACGAUCCUUCUUAACAGUGUCCAACCAGUUCUUUCCGGUGUUGCGGUUGGAUCAGGCUGGCAAUCCUACGUAGCAUAUAUAAAUUUGGGAUGUUACUAUUGUAUUGGGAUCCCACUUGGAUUUUUAAUGGGUUGGGUUUUCAAUUUUGGCGUCAUGGGAAUAUGGGCUGGUAUGAUCUUUGGAGGUACCGCAGUUCAAACAAUAAUCUUAAGUUUUAUUACGAUGAGAUGUGACUGGGAAAAAGAGGCACAACGAGCAAGUGCACAUGUUAACAAAUGGUCCAACACACUAAAAUAAAAAAAUUGUGGAAGGCUUGAAUCUAUGUAUUAAAUAAUUUGGCAGUAAGAUUUUUGCUUUUCUAAACUGCUAUAUGUUCUUAUGUUGGUAUAAAAGACUGAUGUGGUAUACCGAGAGUCAGUCCAAGUAUUACAUAGGUUCUAUGUAGUAACUACAAAAAUGUCUUUUGUGAACUUAUUUUUCAAACAUGUCUCAUAACAAUAAUUAUCAGAAAAGAGUUACAUA